AUGUGGGAAGAUGAGAUAACAGAGAUAAGCCCACGGCCUCAAUAUCCUGGUGAUGAUACUCGAUACACAAGUAAAAAGGAGCUUACUGGGUGGUACAGUUAUGGAUGGGCAGCAGAAGCCUUCGCGGUGUGCGCUAUGGGGUCGUUCCUCCCAAUUACAUUAGAACAAAUGGCCCGCGAUCGUGGUGUUCUUCUAUCAGACAAGGUGACUCCAUGUGCUAUAGCCUGGAAGGCCCCACGCCGGUCACCAUUGGUUUCGUGGGCUUCUGAUAUGACUAUGAACAAGACCCCCGAUUCACCCAAUACUGACCAAUGCAUCAUAAAAAUACUUGGCGUUGAAAUUAAUACUGCAAGCUUUGCUAUGUACACUUUCUCCCUGAGUGUCUUUGUUCAAGCUAUAUUGAUAAUAUCAAUGUCAGGUGCCGCAGACCAUGGGAGCUACCGUAAAUCGCUUUUAGUGGCAUUUGCUCUUAUUGGUUCCACAGCUACAAUGCUAUUUCUGGGUGUUUUGCCAAAGCUCUAUAUUCUCGGUGGCUUUUUUGCAGUAGUGUCGAAUACUUGCUUUGGGGCAUCGUUUGUUCUUUUAAAUUCAUUCUUACCGCUGCUUGUCCGUCAUCACCCGUCCUUACUUGGAAGACAUGGUGAACGUGCUCCUUCUGCCAUAUUACAGGAUGAUAAUCCUUCAUCAGACAGUGCUUGCCAGUGUGGAAGUUACUCAACGACACCGCUUCUCCGCCCUAUCCAGUUAGAAAAUGAGGGGAACGAUACGGAAUACGCCAAUUGUCCAUCUUCGACAGACACCUCAGAGGAAUUAAACUUCUCUACCAAGAUAUCCUCGUACGGAAUUGGAAUUGGAUACAUUGGCUCUGUGAUACUGCAAGUAGUCUGUAUCCUUGUUGUUGUCGUCACUCAUCAAACUACAUUCUCACUGCGACUUGUCCUAUUUCUCAUCGGAUUAUGGUGGUUCAUUUUUACCAUACCCGCUGCACUUUGGCUGCGACCUCGCCCCGGACCACCACUUCCGUAUACGAACCAAAAUUCCUCUUGGAUUGGUUAUAUAGUAUUUGCUUGGAAGUCCCUGUAUCACACGGCAGUGCGAGCUCGGAAUUUAAAGGACAUUUCAUUGUUCCUUGUGUCUUGGUUCCUUCUAAGUGACGGCAUCGCUACUGUAAGCGGAACAGCUGUACUCUUUGCCAAAACAGAGCUUGACAUGCAGCCUGCGGCACUUGGAAUGAUUAAUGUGGUUACAAUGGUUUCCGGGGUAUGUGGAGCAUUUUCCUGGGGCUAUAUUUCACGUGUCUUCGACCUUCGUGCAUCACAAACCAUAGUUGCAUGCAUUAUCUUAUUCGAAAUUGUCCCCCUCUAUGGUCUUCUGGGGUAUAUUCCGGCGAUUAAGAGUUUGGGGCAUUUCGGCCUCCAGCAACCCUGGGAAAUGUUUCCACUUGGCGUCGUGUAUGGCCUUGUUAUGGGCGGCCUGUCGUCAUAUUGUCGAAGCUUUUUUGGAGAAUUGAUCCCACCUGGUUAUGAAGCAGCCUUCUUUGCUCUUUAUGCCAUCACCGACAAAGGCUCCAGCAUUUUCGGCCCUGCAAUUGUUGGAAUAAUCACGGACCACUAUGGUGAAAUCAGACCUGCAUUCAUCUUUCUUGCGAUCUUAAUUCUGCUCCCACUACCACUGAUGCUCCUAGUUGACGUUGACCGAGGGAAAAGAGACGCACUUGGGCUUUCAACACAGUUAGAAGGUACACCGGAAUGGGAAGUGCAUAGCAACUAUGGUACGAUCCCCCAUAGUCAGACUGGGAAUGGAGAGACAGUGGUUUAA